GGAGUGUGCAACCGUCUGCUUCUUACCUUAUUGAUCGCCGUUUCUUCAGCUAACCAAAUUUGUCGCAGAAUUGCACUAGUUGCGCAGCCAGCCGCUGGGCUUGUGAUUCGAAGAGAAACACCCAAUGAGUCACCCACGACGACCGCAAUAUUACCUGAAACACCUCCGAACGAGAGCGUAGAUGAAAGAAACCGACGCGACAAUGAUCCCGUAACCCUAGAAGAAAGAGCCGAGAGUUUUCAAGCCCAGCAGUUUGCCGACAGAAACACCUUGUCAGGGUGGUUUCCUCAGAUAGAAAGCGACGAAAACAGCAGUUGGCGCAUAUGGUUUUCACGAAGAAGCCGUGCUCUCAUGGUCCAGAUUGGGAUUAUCGGUUUCAUACUGAUGACCAACCUCGGUGUGACUAUUUUUGCUGUCAAAAGCUACGGAAGCCGCAAUGGUGUCGGGUUGAUAUACGAGGGCGACUGCUCAACCGUGAAAAGGCUUGACCAAUGGUUGCAUUUGCUCAUCAAUUUGUUGGGAACAGGCAUGCUAUCGGCUUCAAACUAUUGCAUGCAACUGCAGGCUGCGCCAACACGCGAGAACGUGAAUGCUGCUCAUGCGAAAGACAAAUGGCUGGACAUUGGCAUUCCUAGCCUUCGAAACCUGAAAUAUCUCAGCUUGUGGAGGCGGUGUUCGUGGGCAUUGUUGGCGUUGACCUCGAUUCCUAUCCAUCUCAUAUACAACUCGGCUGUGUUCCAGUCACUUUCAUCUCACAAUUACACUGUUGUCGUUGUCAAAGAUUCCUUUUUGAACCAUGCUUCAUGGAGCUUGAAGACAGCAGAAGACAAUCGAGCUGGCGACUACGGCUGGGAAGACACCCGAGUCAACCCCUCAAAUUUAGACUACGAAGAAGUAGUAAGAGCAAUACAGAGGAAUGCAUCCAUCUACGAUGAACGCAACAUAUCAGCUUGUUUCGACUUGUAUGACGACUACUUUAAUCCCCAAGGAAACGCGAUCAUUCUGGUCAAGAAUGAAACUUUACAGAGCCCGCCAGAGGAUAGUCUGCUCUUGUAUGUUUCCAUUGUCCCUCGCUCAGACGACUGGUCCAAGAACAUGUGGGCUCUAGGUAAUGGCACUGGUCACUUUGCGGCUUUGUCACCACCAAAGCCCGUAACCAAAUGGUUCCUUGGGCCUCCAUACUACGAGGUGUCACGAUGUAUCGUUCAGCCGCCAGAAGGGCUCAGCGCAAAUUGUCGGUUUGAAUAUUCGCCUCCCAUCAUGUUCACUAUUUGCAUCAUGAACAUGAUCAAAGCGGCCAUCAUGCUGUCAAUAUGGGCCAUGAGGAGAUGGCAGAAUCCCAGAAAGGAAAAUCAGGCGAAGGAGGUCUUAUACACCUUGGGCGAUGCCAUAGCCUCUUUCAUGCGGGAACCAUGCGAGCAAACUAUCGAUAUGGGACUUGCGACAAAGUACGAUUUUUUGACUACCCGAACGUUGCGCAACCGUUUUAUUAGAUCCUCUCCAACGAUACUCCGAGUAAGACCUCAGCCGCGGGUUUUUGAAAAGAACCCAAAGCAGUGGAGAUCCUCUGCAAGCCUCAGACGUUGGGUUAUCAUGCUGGCCAUGUAG